AUGGAGAACCUGACGUUGACGUCCCCCCCGGACCGGAACGGGACUCUGUGGUCCCCCCCGGACCGGAACGGGACUCUGGGCCCCUGGGUGGACGGCGGCGUGCCCUACAAGGUGGUCAGCAGCCUGUUGCUCCUCGUCAUCUGCGCGUGGGGGAUCGUGGGCAACGUCAUGGUCAUCCUGGUGGUGCUGACCACCAGACACAUGAGGACGCCCACCAACUGCUACCUGGUCAGCCUGGCCGUGGCGGACCUGAUGGUCCUGACGGCGGCCGGGCUGCCCACCGUGGCCGAGAGCCUGUUCGCCGGCUGGGUGUUCGGCCGCUACGGGUGCCUGGGCAUCACCUACUUCCAGUACCUGGGCAUCAACGCGUCCUCGUGCUCCAUCACCGCCUUCACCGUGGAGCGCUACAUCGCCAUCUGCCACCCCAUCAAAGCCCAGUUCCUGUGCACGCUGUCCCGGGCCAAGAGGAUCAUCCUGCUGGUGUGGGCCCUCACCUCGGUCUACUGCGUCAUGUGGUUCUACCUGUCCGACCUCCAGGAGCUGGUCUACGACGACGUCACCGUGGUCACGUGCGGCUACCGCGUCCCCCGCCGCCUCUACCUGCCCAUCUACUUCUUCGACUUCGGGGUGUUCUUCGUGCUGCCCCUGCUGCUGUCCGCGGUCCUGUACGGCCUCAUCGGCCGCAUCCUCUUCCUCAGCCCGCUGCCCGCAGAGCCCAGGGACAAGAAGAAGAAGAAGAACGGCGCCAGCUGCAGGAACUCCUGCCACUCCAGCUCCACCGCCACGUCCCGCAGACAGGUGAGCGCACGCGCGCCCCACGACGCGCGUAACGGAGCCGCCAAGAGCCCCAAAACGAAGCCUCACGUCUCUGAAAUGACCACCGAUUCAGAUAUAAGCGCCACAUAA